GCUUGCUUUAUGUCGGUCUCUUUACUCUGUUAAAAGGGUUUUUCACUUCCCAUCAAGGGAUAUCUGUAAGCAUGCUUCUCAGAAGCUCGUCUACUCCAAUCUUGAAUUCAUGGCUGCCCAAGUGCGCCAAGGACUCUUCACCUGAGCCGGAGUUUCAGGUUUUACAGAGAACGAAAUCGGUUUCCUUAUCGAGCUCAUUUCCGUGCUCUACGCAUUCCACUGAUGAUCACUCGACAAAGAAGCUUGUAACGACUUCCCCAGAUGUGCCAAAGCAGAAAACGAACAUCAUUCCACCGUUAAGUAAAGAACUUGAUGAAGAAAAAUUAUUACCAAGUUCAAGUAUCCAGAGCUUGUUUUCAAGUUCUGGGUUGGGAGAGAAAUCACAUGAGAUAGAAAGUUUUGCGCAAACUAUGGUGAUGGGUGGUGGUAUGGGCUGUAAUGGUGGCAAAAUUUGUGGCGGUGGUGGCAUUGGUGGUUCGGGAUUCUUUGAGAAUAAUAUGAGUAAGUCUACCGAUGCUUAUUAUCAAAAUAUGAUUGAGGCAAAUCCAGGAAAUGCGCUUUUACUUGGAAACUACGCAAAGUUCUUGAAAGAGGUUAAAGGAGAUUUUGCUAAAGCUGAGGAAUUUUGUGGAAGAGCAAUUUUGGCUAACCCAAGUGAUGGAAAUAUCUUGUCACUGUAUGCUGAUUUGAUAUGGCAAUCUCAUAAAGAUGCUCACAGAGCUGAAGAUUACUUUGCUCAAGCUGUCAAAACUACCCCUGAUGAUUGUUAUGUGCUUGCAUCAUAUGCUAAAUUUCUGUGGGAUGCUGAGAAAGAAGAAGAAGAGGAUGUAGACGGAGAUGAACACAGUCAUAUCUCUCCACCAAACUUCUUCCAUGGAGCUCCUUACUAUCCUCCUAUUACUGCGGCUUCUUGAAGAUCAUGAACCUGUAUUGAACUCUAGCUGGAGAUGUUACAUCGCCAAAUAAAAGAUCAGCAACUAAAAAUUGCUGACUGUAACUUACUUUAAAUUUACUAAGCCUAAAUAUGUAAAAAUGUGGAAGAGAACUUGUUCAAUUUAACAUCUAUUUUUGCAGUUGUGCUAUGAGGAAAUAUGAUGUAUUAGACCA